UCUCACAGAACUGAGCUAAGAAUGGUUGCAUUAUGAAUAAAGUGCAGAAAAAAAGUCUUUUUUUCCUCCAUGAUUCUGCAGAGUGGGCGGUACAAACAGACCACACUUGUAUUUAAUGUGCACAGAAAAAGAAAUCAUUUUUCAAAAGGAGAGUAAACAGAACUGAUCCUCAGAGCAUCAGACCUUGAAAAAAGAAGCAGGCGGCAUGACCCCUGGUUCCAGCGAGAGCGUGAGCCCCCUGCCACAUCUCACUGCAGCCUGAGAAGAAAAUUACACACAGAAGAAGAUCAUGUCCUGCCAAAAGGUUGGAUCGUUCCUGAGGGGUCUGUCUCGCAGGAAACCCCUAGAGCCCGAAGGUGAAAUGUCCACGUUUAACCGGUGUCUCAGCACAAUAGAUCUGGUGGCUCUUGGCGUGGGCAGCACACUUGGUGCCGGCGUCUAUGUGCUCUCGGGUGAGGUGGCUAGAUCUCUUGCUGGCCCCAGUAUCAUCAUCUCCUUCCUAAUUGCUGCUGUGGCCUCCGUCUUUGCCGGACUCUGCUAUGCUGAGUUUGGUGCUCGGGUGCCCAAGACUGGAUCGGCCUACCUCUACAGCUACGUGACCGUAGGGGAGGUGUGGGCUUUCAUCACCGGGUGGAACCUGUUGCUCUCCUAUGUCAUAGGAGCCUCCAGCGUGGCCCGUGCCUGGAGUGGCACGUUUGAUGAUAUGAUUGGGAAUGUGAUGUCGAAUUACUUCAGCAAACACGUAGCCAUGGGUCUGCCUGGCCUGGCUCCUUACCCAGAUUUCUUUGCAGCUGGCCUCAUUUUGCUUCUUGCAGGUCUUCUCGCAUUCGGUGUGAAAGAAUCGACGACGGUCAACAAGAUCUUCACGAGCGUUAACAUCAUGGUGCUGGUGUUUGUCAUUAUCAGUGGCUUCAUCAAGGGGAAACUGGAAAACUGGUACAUCAGCGAGGAGAUGCUGCUAAACGAGACGGCAAAACUCGAAAACCUGACGUCUACGAUGAACAUCACUUCCCAAUUCGGCCACGGAGGAUUUUUCCCCUUUGGCUUUCAGGGAACACUGGCUGGAGCUGCGACUUGUUUCUAUGCAUUCGUAGGGUUUGACUGCAUUGCGACUACGGGUGAGGAGGUGAAAAACCCUCAGAAGUCCAUCCCUCUGGGGAUCGUCUUCGCCCUACUCAUCUGUUUCCUGGCUUAUUUCGGCGUUUCGGCCGCUCUUACGCUGAUGAUGCCCUACUACCUGCUGAACAUCCACAGCCCUCUGCCAGUCGCCUUCACGUACAUUGGCUGGGCCGCCGCCAAGUAUGCCGUAGCCGUUGGAUCCCUGUGUGCACUUUCUACCAGCCUGCUGGGAUCCAUGUUCCCAAUGCCUCGAGUGAUUUUCGCCAUGGCAAGAGACGGCCUGCUCUUUAAAGUGCUCUGUAAGGUCAGCUCGAGAAAAAGCCCUGCCAUGGCCACCCUCAGCUCCGGCUCAGUGGCAGCUAUAAUGGCGCUCUUAUUCGACCUGAAGGCGCUGGUGGAUAUGAUGUCGAUCGGGACCCUGUUCGCCUACACGCUUGUGGCCAUUUGCAUUCUGAUACUGAGGUACCGUGAGAAUCAGUCUGAAGAGAACGAAAUAAGAUUCACUUCAAAGACAAAGUUUGGAUUUUUAAAACCUCCGUUGCACCCGAACAGGGAAACAUCCAACACUGUCAACAUCUGCACCAUACUUAUCAUUGUCAUGGUGGUGGUCCUGACCGUCCUGCUGUCCAAAGCCAUCACAUCCCUGCUGAUGUUGGAGGUGUGGAGCCUGGUGUGUGUGUCAGUGAUCCUCUUCUUCAUUCUGCUCUUCACACUGCUGAUCUGGAGGCAGCCUCAGAAUCCCACCAAAGCAGCCUUCAUGGUGCCUUUCCUGCCUCUGCUUCCGGUGUUGAGUGCAUUCAUCAACAUUUACCUGAUGGUUCAGCUUGGAGGCGCCACCUGGAUCCGCUAUGCCAUCUGGAUGGCUAUGGGACUCCUGAUCUAUUUCGGAUACGGCAUGAGGAACAGUGUUCAGAAACAGAGGCUGCUAGGAAACCUGAGUACCAUAGAAACUGUAGAGAAACUCCCAGAGAAAAACCCGACCAAAAGAUAACACCCAUAACACUGACUUUUUUGCUGAUUGCUGAAUUAUUUAACAUUAAUAACAAUUAUUCAUUUUUGUAAAACUAUACAGUAAAAGUAAAACUAUUAUAAAGUUUUAUAUAAGCUUUUAGAAAUAUGUUUCCUAUUUUGAACAGUCAACAAUCAUCAGUCUGAUAACUUAUAACUAUAAACUGAUAUGAAGUCAAAAAUAUUUAUCAAAAAAAAAAAAAUCUAAGUGUGUAUCUAGUCAUUAAUCCAUUUCUUUACCAUUAUUUAGGUAAACUAUUUACAUUUAAAUUAAUGGCAUUUUGGAGACUUUCUUAUCCAGAGCGAUUUACAUUUAUCUUUUAUUAUACACCUGAGCAAUUGAUGGAUAAGGGCCUUGCUCAGGGGCCCAAAAGUGGCAGCUUGGUGGUUCUCAAUAAACCCAUUUUAAUCCUUUAAACCUAAAUAAAGAGAAGGCUGUGCCUUCAUUAUAACAUAUUACUACUCAGAAGUUUAUCAUAGAAAAUGUAUAAAAUGUCCCAGUGUGAGAAAAGAAAUAAAGAUUUGC